CCAGUGCAGACAUGCUGGAGGUCGGUGCAGAGUAAAGUUGGCUGUGAAACAUGCAACAUGUGAGUGUACAGUUUGACAGCAAACUAAGUUCUACCGCUCCCCAAGACCCAGGCCAAGUUCCUAUGUUUUUAUCUCCAGCUGCUGAGUGAAGAGGGGCUGACCUCAAAGUUAUCGACAACUUUAACCUGAGAGCAGAAAACCGCACUCCUGAACUUCUCAGCCACGCUCUGGAAGAUGAAGCAGAAAGAGUUAACACAGGUGUUUCCCGUGUGGCGGGGGAUUGGGGCCCAUAGUGGCGUCGGAGGUGGGUGGAGCCAAGGCUGGGGACGCUGGUUGCAAUGGGAGCCAGACUAUCCAGGACAAGGGGCCCGGAUCCCGGUAUUUGACUGCCCUAUCUGGUUAGUCCUCUGUCGGGGGCGUGCCAGGCUCAGAGAGGUUUGUCAGAGAGGGAGGGGUGCCUUUAGACUGCCUACAGACAUGCUUAGCAUCAAGCUUCCCCAGCUCUUUGACAGCCACCAGGUCCCAAAGGUGUUCAGGGAGGACAGCAUCAUUUCUGGAUACCGUCACCCACGCAGUUCAGUGCUGGACUGUAUCCUCAGCAGCUUCCAAAUGAACAAUGAGACAAUCAACAUCUGGACCCAUUUCCUGCCAACAUGGUAUUUCCUGUGGCGUUUCUGCAUCCUAUGCUCCACUCUGAAUUUCCUGACUGACAUCUACACCUGGCCCCUCCUGGUGUACAUGGUGGUUAUCUGCAUUUACCCCUUCACUUCUAGCUGUGCACACACCUUCAGCACCAUGUCCCCAGAAUCAUGCCACAUCUGCUAUUUCUUUGACUACGGAGCCCUCAGCCUCUACAGCCUGGGUUGUGCCAUCAGCUAUGGGUACUACGUCAUGCCAGACUGCUGGGUGAACAGCUUGCUCCAUCAACAUUUUGUCCUCAUUGCCGUUGGAAACACACUGCUGUGUACCAGCCUGUCCUGCUAUUCCAGGUUUCUGGAUUUGCAGUUUCCACACAGAAGUAAAGUCCUUAAGACCACAGCGUUUGUCGUUCCAUUUAUAUUUGACACUGUCCCUCUCUUUUACAGGAUCCUUCUGUGCUGCAGAGACAGCUGUGGUGCAAGCGACGCCCUGACCAAUCACUGCUAUCAUCUCCUCUUCGCCUUUCUCACCUGUUUCCUGUUUACUGCCCACCUCCCGGAGAGGCUGGCCCCAGGUCGAUUUGACUACUUUGGCCACAGCCACCAGCUCUUCCAUGUCAGCGCAGUGGUGGGGACCCACUUCCAGAUGGAGGGGGUGAUAGCAGACAUGACUUCACGGAGGGCGUGGCUCAUGGCCCACGGAGCAACACCCUCCUUCCUAGGGACCAUCGGGGCGCUGGCCAUCAGCCUUAUCCUCAACCUGGGCAUCAUCGGGAUUUUCAGCACCCCGCUCAUCUGGAGACCGUGCCCACCACACAAGACGGCGUGUGAGUGCAAGGAGCAGUGAGGGAGUAAUUUCCACUUACAGCCAUAAAAUGGCUGGUUCACUUUCCAAAGGAGAGGUUUGUGCUGUUUGUCUCGGCAAUGUGCGUCUGUGACGACUAGCAGCAGUUCAGUUGUGCUCGUUUAACAAAACAGUUUUAUCACUCAGUGUGUUUGAUACAUUGUGUUCAGUGCUAAACGAAAUUUUAUAACACUGUUGCACAACUGAGGUUCAUGUGUUCACUCAGAAGCUGAGGACCCAGUCUCGUUUGCCGAAGCCCUUUUCUGGUGCUAUGUUAAGCUUGUAUGAGUCUGAAAACAAAUGUCUGUGUAGCUUAUUUUUAAGGUUACUCAGCGUGCAUGCAGAAAGGCUCUGGGUUGAAGGAUGUGCACUGUAGUAACACAACACCUAAGUGCCUUAUAGUAGAUCUCCCUUGACAGUGUUUACAGUAGAUCAGUACAAGUGCCAAGUUUUAAAUCUUGAACUGGAAGCUUUUAUUGUCUUUUUUUGCAGGGAUUAAUGGUGCUAUUUGCAUGUACUAGGCCCAAUGGAUUGAAGUGUUCUUUGUAUUUGAACUACACAGUCAAUAUAGUUCAGUGUGUAAAGUAACACAGAUGAAACUCAUUCAACUUUUCAUAAUAUAAUGCAGGUCUGAUUGCCAGCUCUUAUACAUUUACCUAUUGAAUCCACUCGCUGUGACUGGAACUGAUUUGCAGGCCAGUGUGGUUCUGUUUCUGACUGCCCGCAUUAUUACGAACCCCACAGUCUACCCUCAACAGGAAAAAGAAAUGUUACAGUGCAGCAGCAAUUAAGACAGGUACCAUUUUUAUAACAGUAUGUUUCCAUGGCAGCACUAUAGUGGCCUCAUGCCCCCUGAAGGUCUUCAGCAAUUUUUAUGCUCUGAGCAAAUGGCACCAUUUUCUCUUAUUCUUCCGUCACAUAUCAUAAGAUCUAUUUUAAACAUCCAUCCUGUAUAAUUACACUUAAAAAAAAAGAAAAGUCAGCCGUAAAUUGAAUUGAAGUAUUUGCAUAUUUCCAGACCAGUCAACUUUCCACCACUUGUACUUUUAUAACAGUUUUCAGUGGAAUUAAGAGGAACUAUGUAAGUAUAUUUAGCCAUAGUCUGCGAUUGUAUUAACACGGGGCCGUGUAGUGUUGCAGUAUUUUGGUGUAUAUUCAGUAUAACAAACCAGUAACACUGCUUAUGUACUGUGGUAAUCUUAGUUCCCUGUGAGACUUUUACCACUGAAAUAACAACUGUCUUCCAUUUAUAGAACUUUAUUUUAUUUAUUGCUGCUUUUUGGGUUCAAAUGUAGGAAUGGGUUCUUUUUUUGGGAGAAUCUAGAUUACUAGAGGUAAGGUAACUAAAGUUCUUAAAGUAAUGAAUCAAACUGAAUAAUCUUAUCAAGUUAGUUUUGACCAUUGUUCAGCCCUAAAACAAGUGAAAAAUGUUCAGAGAUUGUUUGAGGAGUUUCCUCAAUGUCUCUACUACAGCUGAAAAGAUCAGUUUAAUUGAUCAACAGAACUAUUUUGAUUCACUGAGUCACUUCACAAGCAAAACUAUCAGACAAAAAAAUGAAUUUCUUUGGAUUUGGAUCCGUUUGUGGUGCCAUUUUCCCCAGGUUUUCAGUCAAACGGGGGAAAAGGGCAGAUUAAUCAUAAUUAGUCAGCCCCAGGUCUGUUUUGUGAUACAAGGUGAAAAGGUUCAUAAAAAAAACAAACACUUGACUCCAAAAAAAUUCUGAUACAGUUUUAACUUUGCUCAGUUUUUCACUUGUUUAAAAAAAUUUCAACAUUAAGGACAAUAAUGGACAAAAAUGGCUUAAAGAUGCAUAAAUUAGGUAACAAUAAUAUUGUUGUAGCAGAAUGUAUAUAUGUUGAUCAGACCGGUCAAAAAAAAAAAGAGUUUAAUGGAAAACGGGAGCUUACAUGACAUCUAUAGCCCUAAUGAAAACCACGUACAGGUUUAAAUAGCACUCGCAUUACUUGACAGUUUGAAGGCUCAUAUGUAUAAAAUGUUUUAAAGCACUUAGUGGCACAUUUUCACGCCUAAUUUUGCCAGUAACGCCAUCAUCUCUUAGACGCUACCCACAGGAAACGCAUGGCUAACACACACUCGCGCUGAGGGCUGCUUAUCUGCGUUCGUAGGGAGUUUAGAGGGGAAAUGUAUGUGAAAUUACAGGAACGAGGUGUGUUACAGGCGCAGAGCAAGCGUGUAGAAUCACAGAUAUUACACAGACACACACUUUUGUAUUGGGGCACUGUUUAAGAUGCAGAGUAGAAAAGUCUCUUUGUAUUUGCCUUUAAAGUAGUUUCCACCAACUCCUUUUCUUUCCUCCUCCCUGGCCGGGCAGUGGUCAGUUUUUAUUUUCUCCAAAGUCCUUGUCUUACAGCAUUCCUCUGUCUGACCCUGUUGAUCCUUGAAAUUGCAUCAUUACUGGCUUCUGGUAUGGGUCUUUUAAACUAGUUUGGGUAGAUAGCAAACAUGUUAAUCUCUGAGCUGCUGCUGUGUUUUUUGUUUUUGUUGUCCUCAUUCUGACACGUAGAGUGCCUACAGUUUGUCAGAAGUUAUAAAGCUCAGAGGUGCUAAGAGUUGACACUUCCACAUCAGAUACAGUAGAUCAGUGCUGAUGUUGCAGUUAAACAUUUAUUUUGGGUACAAAUCCAGAAAUUCUCUAGGCUACUUCUUGUUUUAAACUCCUCAGUGGACAAGUCGUCACAGGCUGUAAUUAUCAGGAAAAAUAGGCAUUUUCCUUGUGACGAUUUAAAAAAAGUUUGGUAAUGUGAAAUGGAAAGCAAACAUGAGUAGGUUUAAUAUGACAAGAAUUUGUCUGUGUUGGGG